AGUUUUUAGGGGCAGAGAGUGAAAAAGUAGCGCCACAAAACAAGUGAAUUGAAAACCGAAAGAAUGAAUAAUCCGCGGGCCAAAACAUUUCAAAGUCAAAUUCCCGCCACAACACUCUACAAAAACACACUCUCACGCCUCUUUCUCUUCAACCUAAUUUUCACUUUCCCUCUCGAACCCUAAUUUCUCACUUCACAAUCUCCAAAUGGCGAAAUCCGUUUCCCCAAACGCCAUCUCCACCCUGCUCUCAAAUCCAUCUCCUGAUUCUUCAUCAGAUCUCCCUGACAUCGUUGUUCAAGUUCUUGAUCUCAAAAGUUCCGGCAACAGAUACUCGUUUUCUGCCAGUGAUGGAAAAAAGAAACUAAAAGGGAUUAUUCCUUCAAAUCAGUACUCAGAAGUUCUAUCUGGGAAGAUUCAGAACCUUGGUUUAAUUCGAAUCCUUGAUUACACUCUCAACGUUAUUCCCAACAAAUCCGAGAAGUAUCUUAUGUUGAUCAAGUGUGAACCAGUUUCUCCUGCUCUUGAAACGGAGAUCAAGAGUGAACAAUCUGGCAUCACCUUGAAGCCGAAGGAAGAUGAUGUAGUCAAGCGUGAAGGUUCUACUGCUGGGAUUGUUUUGAAGCCGAAGCUGGACAUGGUUUCAAAAUCUGCUGCUCAGAUCUUGCACGAGCAACAUGCAAAUUCUGCUCCUGCGAGAUUGGCCAUGACCCGUAGAGUGCGUCCUCUUGUUUCACUGAAUCCUUAUAUGGGUGGUUGGACAAUUAAGGUCAGUGUCACAAGCAAAGGAACUAUGCGUACCUAUAAGAAUGCUAGAGGAGAAGGUUGUGUAUUCAAUGUUGAACUGACUGAUGAAGAUGGUACUCAGAUUCAAGCAACUAUGUUUAAUGAUGCUGCAAGGAAGUUUUAUGACAAAUUUGCUAUGGGAAAGGUGUAUUACAUUUCAAAGGGAUCUUUGAAAGUUGCUAACAAAAAUUUCAAAACUGUGGUAAACGAUUAUGAAAUGACAUUGAAUGAGAAUUCUGAGGUGGAAGAGGUUGCCAAUGAAGCUGCUUUUGUUCCAGAGACUAAAUUCAAUUUUGUCCCAAUUGAUCAGUUGGGUCCUUAUGUGAAUAAGUCUGAGCUUGUUGAUUUAGUUGGAGUUGUUAAGAAUGUGUCUUCAACCAUGAGCAUCCGUAGAAAGAGCAACAAUGAGACUGUUCCAAAGCGUGACAUUACUAUUGCCGAUGAAACCAAGAAGACAGUUGUUGUGUCUUUGUGGGGUGAUCUUGCAACUAACAUAGGACAAGAGUUACUUGACAUGGCUGAUAAAUCUCCAGUAGUUGCAAUCAAAUCCCUCAAGGUUGGGGAUUUUCAAGGUAUUUCUUUGUCAGCUAUAAGCAGAAGUUUAGUUCUGGUCAAUCCAGAAGUACCUGAAGCUCAGAAGCUCAGAUGCUGGUAUGAUUCUGAAGGUAAGGAUGCUGCAAUGGCUGCUAUAAGCUCUGGUUCAAUUUCAUCAUCUAACAGUGGAAGUAGAUCAGUUUACUCUGACCGUGUUCCACUCUCUUACAUAACCUCUAACCUCUCCUUGGGGGCUGAGAAGCCUGCAUUCUUUAGCAUCAGAGGGAAUAUCAGUUUCAUAAAGGCAGACCAGGCAAUGUGGUAUCGUGCCUGUAAGACUUGUAACAAGAAAGUUACUGAAGACAUGGAUGCUGGGUACUGGUGUGAAAGUUGCCAGAAAAAUGAUGCAGAGUGCAACUUCAGAUAUAUUAUGGUUGCAAAAGUUUCUGAUGCAAGUGGUGAGGCUUUCGUUUCUACCUUCAAUGAGGAAGCUGAGAAGAUCAUUGGGUGCCCUGCUGAGGAGCUAGACAACCUUAAAUCACAGGAUGGAGAAGAGAAUCCUUAUGACAUGAAAUUGAAGAAAGCUACAUGGAUUCCACACCUCUUGCGGGUCAGUGUUUCUCAGAAUGAGUAUAAUGGUGAGAAGAGGCAAAGGAUAACAGCACGGGCCGUUGUUCCUAUUGACUUUGCUGCUGAGUCUAAAUUCCUCCUUGAAGACAUAUCAAAGAUGGUAGCCUCUCAUUAAGAUGGAAAUGCUGGUUUGAUGUUUUCUAGAUCUUUUAGUUCACUGCUCUUCAAGUAGAUGUUGCUGCUUGUAAUUAUUAAUCCUCGGGUGGUUUAUUACAUAUUUUGUCUGACUCAAGAAACAUCAACGGAAAUUUCUUGCCUUUGGUUACAUUUAAAGUUAAUUAUUAUUUGUUACUGCAA